CGCGCGCGUGCGGGAGGGGGCGGGUGGGGAAGGAUCGCCGGCGAGAUCCCGAGGCGAGGCUCGCGCGCCCGCCCCCGCCCUGGCCCCCAGCGCCCACCCGGUCUGCCCGGCUCAGCCAUGAUCAAGGCGAUCCUCAUCUUCAACAACCACGGGAAGCCGCGGCUCUCCAAGUUCUACCAGCCCUACAGUGAAGAUACACAACAGCAAAUCAUCAGGGAGACAUUCCAUUUGGUAUCUAAGAGAGAUGAAAAUGUUUGUAAUUUCCUAGAAGGAGGAUUGUUAAUUGGAGGAUCUGACAACAAACUGAUUUAUAGACAUUAUGCAACAUUAUACUUUGUCUUCUGUGUGGAUUCUUCAGAAAGUGAACUUGGCAUUUUAGAUCUAAUUCAAGUGUUUGUGGAAACGUUAGACAAGUGUUUUGAAAAUGUCUGUGAACUGGAUUUAAUUUUCCAUGUAGACAAGGUUCACAAUAUUCUUGCAGAAAUGGUGAUGGGGGGGAUGGUGUUGGAGACCAACAUGAAUGAGAUCGUUACACAAAUUGACGCCCAGAAUAAACUGGAGAAGUCUGAGCAAAUAGUUUACACUGGCCUAUUUUGUAUCAGUCAAGAUUUUUCUCAGGCUGGCUUAGCGGGAGCUCCAGCCCGUGCUGUAUCAGCUGUAAAGAAUAUGAAUCUUCCUGAGAUCCCAAGAAAUAUUAACAUUGGUGACAUCAGUAUAAAAGUGCCAAACCUGCCCUCUUUUAAAUAAAAAAAAAUUAAAAAGGCCACUCCCAGGUAAAAUCCAGGGGGAAAAGUCAUCUAAGUUUACCAUGCAGUUGUUUACCAAAAAUAGAGGAGGAGAGUCUUAACUUUUGCUCUUGGAUUGAAGUCAAGGUACUGUAGAGAAGUUGUGUAAAACCCGUACGGAAGUUCAAUGUUGCUUUUCCUGCUCAGUGAUUUUGAAGAAAUGGGGUAGUUCCAGUGUGAUACUUCACUUUCUUUUCUAAACUGCAUUCCCGUGCCCACCUAAGGCAUGCCUCUAUGUAUUGGCUACUACAGUAUUUCAAAAGGUGUGUGAGACAUUUCUUUCAACUAUGUACAAUCCAAACUGUUGGUGUUUUGUAUGGAUCACAAGUGCAGCAUUCCAUAGUUCUUUCUGUUAUUUGUCACACUUGUUAUUUAAAGAACCAAGUAUGUAUUGCAUGAAAACAUUAUGAUCUUUUUCUCUUAGUUUAAAUAAACUCCAAGGUAACUGGACUUCUAAAGCACCUUUCUGUUUGCCUGAUAUCUACUUUAGCAAUAAUUUUUUUACGACCCUCUGACUCAACAAAGUAAAUAAAAGUAUAUUUUAUCACUGUUAA